AUGGAGCGUCAUGAUAUUGCCCUUGCUCGAUGCGAGUUUUUGAGAAAAGCUAAAGAAAUAAAAGACUGGUCAAAAGUUGUGUUCACCAAUGAAACCUGUCUCAAUGCCAGCCAUAGAGUAUCAAAAUCAUCGACUGAUGAUAAUGCUGCAUCCACAACAGCUGUACCUGUAGGCAAAGGUGAAGAACGACUUAUCAUUUGUCAUGCAGGAACAGCUAAAGGAUUCGUGGACGAUGCUCUUCUUGCGUUCAAAUCGAAAUACACAGGCGACUAUCGUAAAGAAAUUAAUGAAGAAGUGUAUGAAAAUUGGUUCAGGAAACUAUUGUUUUCACUCAAGGAACCAUCAACUGUAUUACUUGAUAAUGCACCCUACCAUUCGCGUCAAAUUAAUCGAGUUCCAAAUAAUUCAAAUAAAAAGGAAGAAAUUAUUAACUGGCUUUGUGCUAAUGGCAAGCAUGUGGAUGACUCAUACUUAAGGGUAGAGUUGCUAAAAAUGGUUAAUGACAAUAGACCACAAAAAAGGUAUGUCAUUGAUGAAAUGGCAGCUGAAUGUGGACAUACUGUUCUUAGAGUUCCACCCUAUCAUUCAUCAUACAAUGCUAUUGAACACAUUUGGGCACAAGUAAAAGAAAGUGCUGCAAGAAAGAACACUACGCCACCUUAUACAGGAAACAAAAUGAUGCAGCUUGUUAUUAACGCAUGUGGUGAGGUGACAGCUAAAAAUUGGGAGAGUGUAGUUGCGAAAACAAAAAACACAAUAUUUUCUGACUGGGAACGUGAAGUCACCUUUGACCAAAUGGAACAGGAACCAAUCAUUGAUACACAGGACACUAGUGAUGAUGAGUCCAGUUUUUAUGAAGAAUCUGACAGUUCAUCAGAAUAA